GACGGAGCGCGAGGUGCUGUAACAAGCCGGUGCUUCCGGUGUUGGGAAAGGCGCGUUGGAGGGACAUCCGGGACGAUCAACUAGCCGUUUGGUGUCGGCCUUGUCGUGGGAGCUAUCAAUAAACAAAGAGGAUGAUUUUGACUUGUGUUUAAUGUUGAUCUCCAGUAUCUGCCUUGUAAUGUUGCACACUUUGAACUGAUGGAUGAAUCAGAUGAUGAUUUUGUUGAGCUCUGCAAGACAACAUCUAGGUAUCCAGUUGAAGGUGGAGGGAAGAAAUGCAAAUCAGUCUGCUGGAGCCACACCAAUUCCUUUGUAGCAAAGACAAAGUUAAGAGAAAAACAAACAUUGAACAGUGAAGCAAAUUGUAUUAGUGAGAGUAAAGCCCACAGUGAUGGAACAGCAGAGCACAAAAAUACUGGGACAACUGAAUGUCAGGCAAAUGAUCUACCUGCCCCUUCUUGCAGCAGGCAAGUGACAAUGAAAGAUGCCACUGUGCUUCAGCCUUCAAAACCUGAGGCUUCAGAGGGCUCUGGGACUGUUAAGGAUGGUCUGCCAGGCAGCAUGUGGAUCCACAGGCUUAGCCAUUCAGCAAUUAUGAAGAAGACUGUUAACAAAGGUCUAGGGGUGAAAGAACGAGUUUUGGGAAAUAUGCAGAGAUUUAGGAGAAAGGAACCUGAACGUUUGAGACAUAGCAAUGAUGUGAAAACACUGUCAGCUUCUACAAUUCAAGAGGAUGAGAAGAAUGAAGAAUUCUGUUCCGUGGACACAAACAAAAUGAACGGUAGAACAGACAGCCAUUCAACUGCAGUAUCCCUUCCUGCAUCAUUAAUUUCUGAAGAAGAUGCUGUAGCUGAUGACUGCCAGAGGUCAGCAGACAGUGAUCUGGCCUUGGCGUGGACAAUACAACAGGAGUUGGAAACAACUAAUGCCUAUACUCUUGAAGACAAUGGGCUCUUUUUUUGUGUAAUCUGUCAGAAGGAUCUUUCCAACAUGAACUCUGCUCGACGCACUCAGCACAUCAACAGGUGCUUAGAUGAAGGAGAACAGAAAACAGCUACAGUAAUCUCAAUAAACAUACCUUCAGUUCCGGAGUGUCCAAUCUGUGGCAAACAUUUUAAAAGCUUCAAGAGCAGAGCGAUUCACCUCAAACGCUGUGCCAUUGAAUUAGAGGUUCCACCACAGUUAUUGUUGCAGGCAGUUCAAAGACAAAACUCUCAGUAUCCUGAAAGCUCCACUUCCUCAACAAGCCUUCAGCAAGGUAGAUCAAAGAGAAAAAGUUCAACAAGAGAAAAUGAACCGCCGAAGAAAUGCAAGACUACCAGUAAGCCACCAGUGGAUGAGGAUACAAUGGUCGCCAUGGCAUUAUCUGCAUCUCUAUUGGAACAGCAAAAACAGGAGGAGGAGAGACAAAAUGUAACCCUGCAUGCUGGUAACUUCAGCCUUGCCAAAAUGAUGAUAGCAUCAGACAAGAGAUGUCGAAAGAAGAGAAAGGAUGGCAUUCCCCCACUGUUGGUCCAGGACCCUGAGAUGGCACUCCAAAGGGUACAAAACAGUUUGGCGGCACUGUUGUCUGAGGAAAUGGAAAUAUCUAGCACCCCUCCGUUGCCAGCAAGCACUUUCUGCGUAGGCGGAAUACUGAGCCAUGUCUGUCAUGUGCGUCCAGGAAUAACUCAGCAUGAAAGCCUGUGGUUUCGCAGUGCUUUGUUUGGAUCCAAUAACUGGGACUCUGCACUGUUUUAUGCAGCUAACUUGGUUCCGCCUAUAAUACCAUGGAAAGAGGGACAUGAUCAAGAAUAUCUGGCUUGUAAGGAACAGAUGUCAUCUUCACUGGUGGCUGACAGAGCCCUUGUAAGUCCAUCCUCAAAGCUGAUCCAUCAACAUUCUGCUCCAGCUAGUGAUGGAAGUAAGACGGAGACUGAGGAUGUGCGCUUGGCUAGCAGUCAGCAGGAUCGGACAUUCUUUGACUUGAUGGAUUUAGCUGGUGAGGGAAUGACAUUGACACAGUGGAAUUAUGGGGUUAACCAUGAACAAGACAAUGAAAUAACAGGAAGAAACAUGAAAGGCACUUUAUCUGAUGAUAUCACACCUAGUGGAUUUGUCCCAGCUUGGAGUGACGGAAGUUGUGGAAAUAGUUUGCACCAAGGACACCAACUGAAGAAACUGAGGGAAGACCUUGCAGGGCUGGUGAACAAUCCCCACCUGAGUGAUGUGCAGUUUCAGGUGGACAGCGGUGAGAUUGUGUAUGCUCACCAGUUAAUGUUGUACGCUCGCUGUCCACAGCUUGUCCGACUUGUGCAUGAUGAAGGAUUUCUGGUGGAAGAGGAUGGUGCUGUUAUAACUCGCAGAUUCUUGCUUCCUGAUGUUACAACAGAGGGAGUUUGUACUUUCCUUCAAUAUCUAUACACUGCCAGCAUCUCUGUGUCUCCCACUGUUCUUUCAGAGCUUCAGACUCUUGCUAACAGGUUCGCUGUGAAUGAGUUGGUAGAGGUCUGUAAAGCUUAUCCAAAUGAAGUUGAAUCUGAUGGACAUGGUUUGGAAAAUGAUCCUUUCACUAAAACAGAUGAAAAAUAUGGAACUAGAGAAGACAAUCUCCAGGAUCUUCUGAAGUCCAUGUGGAUGGACGAAGCUGAGGAGCCUGCCUUAGACCUUCAGUCUGCAGAUGAAGAUAAGGUUAGUGAAAAAGUUGAUGAGGAGGAAUUAGAAGAACUUUACAAGUUUGCUGCAACUCAGAGAAAAAUUGCAAGUCAGAAAGGAGGUUCUCUUGAGAUUGACGGACUUGAACAGAAGGAUAGUGUGGAAACUGUAGAAGAACACGUGAAUGGAGAAAAUGAACAGUAUAUGGAGGGUCCAAGAACUAAAAGUGAAACAGUUGGAAAUUGUGAGACUUCAAUGACUGAAAGAGAAACUAGAUCUGACUCAUCUUGUUCUUUGAAGGCUGUGGAAGUGUCCAACAUGCAAGAACCUUCUCCGAAGGAUAAAACAUUCCAACUAAAAGAAACACAGAAUCAUAGCUUCAGACUUGAUUUGAAUUCAAAUACCAGCGAUGACUGUCUCUUUUCAGAAACGGACUUAUCAGUAGAAUCUCAGGAAGAUGAAAUAAAAUAUGAUUUAGAUGUCUUUGAAGAAGGUAAGACACAGUCUUCAAAGAACAGUCAUUCAUCUAGCUCCUUUGCCAACUGUAGCAUUAGCCGGCUUUCACCGAUGUGUGAGAUUGAAUGUCCCUCUGCUUGCCCGGAUUUACCUGACCUGCCUUUGGUUGGUUCAUCACCAUUGGAAACUUACACAAAUGUGCAGUCUCCACAGGAACACCUGUCUUUGGUUUCAGCAGUAAUCUCAUCCCUUGGAGCUGUACAGGAUGGGAAUUCGUCUGAAAUAUUGUCUUGUGACUCAGUGAUUUCAAAUGGACAACUAAAUUUGACAGACAAAAGAUGUGUAAAUGCAACAAGUUUUCAGGAACGUGGUGCUCAAAAAUCUCCAAAAUACGUAGAAUCGUUAUCAAACCAUAUACCGCCUUCAAGUGCUUUUUAUUCGCAGUGGUUGUCUCAAAAUACCAGUGAAAUGCAACGCUGCAAUCAGUCACCACCUAUUAGCAUUUACUCCACUCAGUCUCCAUCAGAGAAUAAAUCCAGUGAUACCCUGUUGAUCAUAUCCUCGGAUGAGGAAAUGGAUAUAACUGAAAACAAAAUGUCUUCACCUUGUUCUGAAAGCAGACAAGUAAUGUCUUUCCCCAACAUUAAAUGUACCAGUAUUGAAUUAAACCCAAAUCCAGAUAUUAAACAAAUCAGUGUAAAAUCUGAAAAGAUGUUGACGUCUAAGAUUGAUGCUGAACAGGGUGGAAUUACAUCUAAAUAUUUGGAUGAGGUACAUAACAACAGAAUUUCAGAGUUUUCCACAGAUGGUGCUGUUGAAAAGGUGGCCAAACAUGAAAACCAAGUUAAAGACAGUGAAAGUGAGCUGACUCUACAGCUGAGCAGUGAUGGUGAACAGAAUAGUGAAGACCAUACCAUGGAAGGAUCAUGGCUGGUACCUGCGACUCCACUUUCAACAGAAUCUAGGCAGUCUUCCACACUGACUACAAAUUCUUGCUUUCUGCAAAGUCAGGGUGUUAGAAGGGAUAAGUUGUUUGAGAAAAAAAUGGAACAGGAGGUUGCAAUAUUAAAAUCUGUUGACGUGGGGCAGGAAAAACCACAUGCAAUUAACAUAUCAAAAGUUUUCAGAGAUGCCCAAGAAAUAGCUAGUGAGUUAGAUUGUUCUGCAGAAAAGGAUUCUGUUGAUCAGUGGUCGCUACCAUCAUCUCCAAUUCCUCCCACACAAAUGUCUGAUUGUAUUGUUGAAUUAGGAAGUGGGGAAACGUCAUCCACCCAUUCUCCGUCACAGCUAGAAAAGGCAUUGUCAUUGUCAUUCUCUUCUGAAGAGAAGGAAUCAACAGACAAGUCUGUGCUGGAGAUUGAAGACACUGAGGAGGAGAUGCUAGCAGUUAAAGCUGAAGAUAGUUUUCUGUUUGAAGACGGGCCGCCAAUACCAUUUGACGAGUGUUGGAAUUCUGAAGGUAGUCCUCAAUUUGAAGUGGAAGAUUCUAAUGGUGAUGAGAUAUUUCACAAGACAAUGAAUCCAGUGAAGAAUAAGGAUGAAUACUAUUGUGUCACAAAUGCAGAGAACAAAAAUAGCUCACCUCUCUCAGAAAAAUCAAAGCCUAGGAUUGCCUUUCCACCUACUGAAAUAGACCAGAGCAACAAAACUGACGCAAAGCACUUUCCAAACCGACAACAUCCUAGUUCUUUUGAUUCCAACAUUUGGGAUGAAGAUGGGUUUCCUGAAGUCCUCUCUGGAUUAUCUCAAAAGUUAUCUGUACCACAACAAGAAAGCAUUUGUUCCAGGCAACACGUUGGAGAGCACAAAACCCCAGCCCCUGUCAACCAAAAGAAAGCUCAACUUCCAUUGGCUUCCAUCACUCCAGAACCACCUUAUUCAACUAUGGCUACCCCACAUCUAAAGAGAGAACUUAGCAAGUUUGGUGUUCGACCUCUGCCAAAGAAGAAAAUGAUUCUGAAAUUAAAAGAGAUUUACCAAUAUACACAUCAAGUCAUUCAGCCUGAUCCUGACACCCAGUCGAAACAGGAAAUAUUGUCUUCACAGCCUUGCAUCCGUAAAACAAUCCCAGCCCUGACUAGCACACUAAAGGUGGGCACCAAAGAACUGUCACUGCCAGUUUCAUCAGGAAUAAACAAACUAAAAUCCCACUCCGAAAAACAGUCAAAAUCUGUUUCAGGAGAAACCAGCAAACAAGCAAUGAAGGGUCUCCUUAAAGCCACUUCUGAAAGAAAAGGCAAAAGUCGGAUGCUUGAGUCAAAUGGGCCAGAAGCCAAGUCGCCUUUGAAAGCUGUUCCUUCUGAUGUGGCUAAUGAACUGCCUUCUUCUCAAAGCUCCUCUUCAACGUGGAGUGAGGGCUCCUUCGAAUCACAGAGGCUAUCGGCUAAUGAAUGUGAAAGUGUCUUUAGCACAGAUUCGGACGAUGAUAAGGAUGAUGGAAUCACUCCAUCGCAGGCAGUAGUCCGUGAAGCAGAUACGGUGGAGGCCAUACGACAGUAUAUUCGGUCAGAUCUACCUCUGUACAGUGAAAUUCUGCAGUACAAGCCUUUUGAACUAUCAGACCUCCACCAGAAGCUUAAGGAAAGUGGGAUAAAGGUUUCCAAAGGGAAAUUGCUGAACUUUCUUGAUGCUCAAUGUAUCACCUUUACCACAGCUAGAGCAAGGAAGGAGACGUUGAAAAGGAGAAAGCAGGGCAUUGAAAAACAGCGCAAGGGAAAGCUCAGUCAGUGCCACAGGAAGAAGUAAGUGUUGGUAGUGCAGCAAUUAAACAUUCCUCUUGUAUAGUUGUAGUAGAAAUCGUACUGCAAUUUCCAUCAGAUUUGGAAACUCUUUUGUAAUGAGUGUGAUUAUACACAGCCAUGGAACACUUUAGCGCCACUUUGUACAGUACGAUUUAGACAUAACAGCAUUAACUGCUGUGCCAGGAAGUAAUGUGAUGCUCCUGUAGAAUAUUUCAAUAACUAUUUCAGUAGCCCUACCUCAGAACCAUCAUGAAAGCCAUCACAGUUGUAAUGAGGUUGUGCAAUAUAACAAAGGUGUGAUCUGGAAUGAAAAUUGAAUGCACUGACUGUCAGCUAAAUUCUUGUCCAAGGUCUGAACUUUUGUUUAAAUUACGUUGAUAAACUGUAAAAUAAGGAGAAUUACACACAGAAGUGCCACUAUUUUGGAUAUCAUUAUUCAUAGUAUAUACUGAUAGUUUCUUUAUCAGCUCUACUGGCCAAUCAUUAUUUUAGCCAAGGUAGGAGCAUUGCAAGGAACUAUAAGCAAUUUAACCUGAAAUAAAUGCAGGUGAGAAACAGCCUUCUUCAUUAGAACCAAGCAAUUUUGUCAAAUCACGUCCUCUUGUAUUUGUUUCCCCUUUUUAAUAUUCCAACCCAGGGGUGGCAGUCUAAUGCAGAAAAAACAUAUUUGUACACAAUUAGACAAGAAAUUCUUCAAAACUUUGUAUAUAUGUAAAUUAAAAAAAACUAGCACGCCAUUUUGCCUGUUUGAAAUAAAAUGUUAGCUGUUUUGAUAACCAACAAAAGCUGAAAUGGAUAUACUUUUCCCAAAAUGUUAAUCUGUGCAAUUACUGGUAAAUGCUGCAAUUAAGUGUAAAUGUUAUGGUGAUAGAAUUGUAACAUUUUAAUGAAAAAAAUAAACAGGUGCACUUUUAA